CUCUAGGCGGCGCUGUCCCUCUUGGGUCCCUGUGGCGUGUUGUGGCCGCUCUGUCCGUUGUUCCUCGGCUCCGUCCUGCUGCCGCCGCUCGGUGCGACUCUGUGAAACUCCUGGUCCCUGGACAUCUGAGCGAGAACCGGCGGGAUUCAUGAGAGGCCGGUAGUGAUCUACAGAAAGGGAAAACUGGAAGGAUGGCUUUCCCACAACCCAAAUCUGCAGAUGGAAAGAUCAUCAUCUACCCUCCUGGUGUUAAGGAAAUUACUGACAAAAUCUCCAACGAUGAAUUGGUCAAAAGGCUAAAGAUGGUGGUUAAAACAUUCAUGGAUAUGGACCAGGACUCUGAAGAUGAAAAACAACAAUACCUUCCAUUGGCUUUGCAUUUGGCUUCGGAAUUCUUUCUCAGGAACCCCAAUAAAGAUGUUCGUCUGCUUGUGGCGUGCUGCCUGGCUGAUAUCUUCAGAAUCUAUGCCCCAGAAGCUCCAUAUACAUCUCAUGACAAACUUAAGGACAUUUUCAUGUUCAUUACACGGCAGCUGAAAGGAUUGGAAGAUACCAAAAGUCCGCAGUUUAAUAGAUACUUUUAUUUAUUAGAGAACCUGGCGUGGGUGAAGUCGUAUAACAUUUGUUUUGAGCUUGAAGAUUGUAAUGAGAUUUUUAUACAGCUGUUCAGGACCCUCUUCUCAGUCAUUAACAACAGCCACAAUCAGAAGGUUCAGAUGCACAUGUUGGAUUUGAUGAGUUCUAUCAUCAUGGAAGGAGAUGGAGUAACUCAGGACCUACUGGACUCCAUUCUUAUCAACCUUAUUCCUGCACAUAAGAACAUGAACAAGCAAGCUUAUGAUUUAGCUAAAGUACUCCUGAAGAGGACAGCUCAAACAAUUGAACCAUGUAUUGCCAGUUUCUUUAAUCAGGUCCUAGUUCUGGGAAAGUCUUCAGUCAGUGAUUUGUCUGAGCACGUUUUUGAUCUUAUUAUGGAGCUUUUCGCUAUUGAUCCUCACCUGCUGCUUUCAGUUAUGCCACAGCUCGAGUUUAAACUUAAGAGUAAUGAUGGAGAAGAGCGACUGGCUGUUGUUCGACUCUUGGCUAAGCUAUUUGGUGCAAAGGAUUCAGAGCUCGCAACACAAAAUCGUCCUCUGUGGCAGUGUUUCCUAGGACGAUUUAACGACAUACAUGUUCCUGUGAGACUAGAAUGUGUGAAGUUUGCAAGUCAUUGUCUGAUGAAUCAUCCUGAUUUAGCCAAAGAUCUUACAGACUACUUGAAGGUCCGAUCACAUGAUCCAGAAGAGGCGAUCCGGCAUGAUGUCAUUGUUACGAUAAUAACAGCGGGAAAGAAAGAUCUAUCACUAGUGAAUGACCAACUGCUUGGGUUUGUGAGGGAGAGAACACUGGACAAAAGGUGGCGAGUACGGAAAGAAGCAAUGAUGGGCUUGGCCCAGCUAUACAAAAAGUACUGUCUUCAUGCUGAGGCUGGGAAAGAGGCUGCUCAAAAAGUGAACUGGAUCAAGGACAAACUCCUGCAUAUCUAUUAUCAGAACAGCAUUGAUGACAAGUUGUUGGUGGAAAAAAUCUUCGCUCAGUAUCUUGUUCCACACAAUCUGGAGACAGAAGAAAGAAUGAAGUGUCUCUAUUACCUUUAUGCUUCCUUGGACCCAAAUGCAGUAAAAGCAUUGAAUGAAAUGUGGAAGUGCCAAAACAUGUUACGGAGUCAUGUCCGGGAGUUAUUAGACCUGCACAAACAGCCUGCUUCAGAGGCGAACAAUACUGCAAUGUUUGCCAAGCUAAUGGCUAUAGCAAAAAAUUUGCCUGACCCAGGAAAAGCACAAGAUUUCAUGAAGAAGUUUAACCAGGUCCUGGGUGAUGAUGAGAGGCUACGGGCUCAGUUGGAGCUGCUGAUUAGUCCAGCAUGUUCAUGUAAACAAGCAGAAGUUUGUGUGAGAGAAAUUACACGUAAACUAGCAAAUCCUAAACAGCCUACUAAUCCCUUCCUCGAAAUGGUGAAAUUCUUACUGGAAAGGAUUGCACCAGUACACAUCGAUUCAGAAGCUAUUAGCUCUUUAGUGAAACUAAUGAACAAAUCCAUAGAAGGGACUGCAGAUGAUGAAGAGGAAGGUGUGACACCCGAUUCUGCAAUCAGGGCAGGCUUGGAGCUGCUUAAGGUUUUAUCAUUCACACACCCCACCUCCUUCCACUCUUCAGAGACAUAUGAAUCGCUCUUGCAGUGUCUAAAGAUGGAGGAUGAUAAAGUAGCUGAAGCUGCCAUUCAAAUCUUCAGAAACACUGGACACAAAAUAGAGACAGACCUUCUGCAGAUUCGUUCCACACUCAUUCCCAUCCUGCAUCAGAAAGCAAAGAGAGGCACCCCUCGCCAGGCUAAGCAAGCUGUACACUGCAUUCAUGCUAUCUUCACAAACAAAGAAGUACAAUUGGCACAGAUCUUUGAGCCACUAAGCAAAAGUCUAAAUGCUGACACCCCAGAACAACUGAUAACACCACUCGUCUCCUUGGGACACAUUGCCAUGUUGGCACCAGAUCAGUUUGCAUCUCCAAUGAAGUCAGUGGUUGCAAAUUUUAUUGUCAAAGAUUUACUUAUGAAUGACAGGUUCCCUGGAGGGAAAAAUGGUAAAUUGUGGACACCAAAUGAAGAAGUCUCUCCGGAAGUGCUUGCUAAGGUUCAAGCCAUUAAACUAUUGGUACGGUGGUUGUUGGGGAUGAAGAACAACCAAUCCAAAUCUGCGAAUUCUACACUUCGGCUGCUAUCAGCCAUGCUGGUCAGUGAGGGUGACUUAACUGAACAGAAAAAGAUAAGUAAAUCUGAUAUGUCUCGAUUACGGUUGGCUGCAGGAUGUGCCAUACUAAAACUUGCACAAGAACCUUGUUAUCAUGAAAUUAUCACCCCAGAGCAGUUCCAGCUCUGUGCACUUGUUAUUAAUGAUGAGUGUUACCAGGUGAGGCAGAUAUUUGCUCUGAAACUCCACAAGGCCCUCGGGAAAUUGCUGCUUCCAUUGGAGUACAUGGCAGUGUUUGCGCUCUGUGCCAAGGACCCUGUGAAAGAGCGAAGAGCUCACGCCAGACAGUGCCUCCUUAAAAACAUAAGUAUACGGAGGGAGUACAUCAAACAGAACCCAAUGGCUCAUGAGAAGCUGUUGUCUCUGUUACCGGAAUAUGUAGUUCCAUACACUGUUCACUUGCUUGCCCACGAUCCGGAUUUUACCAAAACACAGGAUAUUGAGCAACUGCGUGAUAUCAAAGAGUGCCUGUGGUUCAUGUUGGAAGUUUUAAUGACAAAAAAUGAAAACAAUAGCCAUGCUUUUAUAAGAAAAAUGGUGGAGAACAUCAAGCAAACAAAGGAUGCCCAAGCACCAGAUGAUGGCAAAAUGAAUGAGAAACUCUACAUAGUAUGUGAUGUAGCUCUAAUUGUCAUCACUAGCAAAAGUACUACAUAUAACCUGGACUCUCCAAAGGAUCCUGUACUGCCGACUAAGUUCUUCACCCCACCUGACAAAGAUUCCGGCAAUAAUAAGUGCUACUUGUCAGAUGAAUCAAAGACGUUAUUACUCACUGGGAAGCCCAAACCAGCUACUGUACUGGGUGCAGUAAACAAACCUUUGUCAGCUACUGGUAGAAGACCACAAGACAGAACUCCGGGGUUAGAGACAGGAAGUCAUAUGAGUGGAAAUUCCGAGCCAAGCUCACCAGCUGCAAACAGGGGAAGGGAACAGAAUUCAGAAGUUCCGGAAACCGAAGUUAGUGAAAAUGAGGAAAAUCCAGUAAUAUUACUUACAGUCAUACCAGCUAAAACAGAGAAGAAAGAUGAACCAGUCAGAAAUAAGGAGAUGUCCUCUGAACAGUCUUUACCACCACAGACUAGCACAGAACGUGGAAAGAAAAGGACAGCACCUGCAGCUGGUUCAGAGAAUAUUCAGAUACCAGAAGAGAAAAAAUCUGAAGAGUCAGCAGCACCAGUUCCACCCAAAGCCAGACGAGGUCGUCCUCCCAAAGCUGCAUCUGAAAGUAACACUGCAAAAAAUGCAGACCAAAACAAAGCUGCAGGAAGAGGCAGAAAAAGAGUUGCAGCCAGUCAGGAAGGCCCUGCAGAACCAGAAGCAACAAAUAUUAAAGUACCAAAACAGCAAGAAACAAAUGUCAAGCGAGCACCAGCACAGAGACAAAUGGAUCUACAAAGAAUCCAGGUUUUGGACAGUGAUGGAUAUUCAGUGAUGGAACUAGAAUCUACUCCAGAAAGUUCAGCUGAGGAACUGGAUUUGUUUAAAUCCUGUGAGAGCAGCCAGAAUGAGGUUGAUAACACAAAACUAGCAGAGGGAGGCUUCCUUAAGGUAAGAAGAAAGUCCAUGCCAAAGGGAAGGAGACAAAGGCUGUAGAAAAGAAGUAUUCCUUGCCACUGAGGGAAAUGUACCACAUAAAAGGAUUGAGAUACUAUACAAAAACUUAAAUUAGUUUACACAACUCACCCUCAAAACAUCAGGACAACACUGCAUCAGAGUUUGGGUUAAGAUAUUAUUGAACUCCUUAAUUUAAAUUUUAACUGAGCAUUUAACUUUUGCAAUGUUGGAGGGGCAGCAUUGUAAUUCCCUGGGGUUAUUUUUAUGCAGCAUCUUUAUAUGUUAAGAUUGCUUAACAGCUACUGAUUCUCAUAAAAAUAAUCGCUAGACUAAGAUUUUGUUACAAGAUGUCUUAUUUAGCCAUUUUAAUUAUGUAUUAGUAAUUUACUGCAGCAGUUUUACCUUCCAAAGUAAAUUAUUACACUGACUUGUGAAGUCGGCAGUGGUGCAUUAUAGUCACAUGUUACUAUUAAUUUUUGCAGGCAGAAGCAAUUGUUUUAUUUAAAAUAGUCCCAAUUUGAAUAGAAUUUGAUUUUGGUAAGUGAAAGAAUAAAACUGUGGCUAAAAGAGCAGUUGAAUAUGUGCUUAUAAUAUUUGAAGCUACUGCCAUAAAUGUUGUAGUAAAGACUUAAAAAAAGGUGUAAUACUAAAGUCUGCCGUUAAAAGUUGGGGAUAUUUUUGACACUGUUCUCUAAAACUUUGCACUGAGUCCACAUUGUUUAUCCUUUUUAAAAAGAAACCUCAGCAAGGUAUAUCUGUAGACUAUCCAGGGUCUGUGUUUACAAAAACAACAUUUUUUGUGUAAUUAUAUUGUCAGUUAAUAGAAUUUGCACAGGGAAAUUUGGGUCUUUUGUGAAUACAGACUGAAGUCUCGCGAUAGCAAUGGUGUUGGAAUUGCUGCCUUUGAUUUUUCCCUCAAUGUAUCCGAAUUUUUUUCUGCCUACUUCCUUUACCCAGCAAAGUGGGGGUUGACCUGAGAUAUGGAUUUCUCCACAGUUGCCGAUGGCCAAUAGGCAACAUACUUUUUAUGGUGGGAUAGGUCUGCUUGUUUCUCUGUGUACCACUUUCCUACAUGGUUGAGCAUUCUUACCACAAAACUCUACCUUCAGGCAACCUGGCUGAGAACUGGUCAAGCUCAACCUUUAUAGCUAGCUAAGUUCAAAUGUUUGUUUAAGCUAGUGUUUGAAUUUAGGGUUCUGAGGGCCCCUUAUGUGGGAGUUCAGUGCUCUACUUAAUGGGUUGUUCUUGAAUUCCAAUUUUUAACGUUGAAUAUUGGAAAGAGUAAAAUUAGAACAGGAUGUUUAAAAAAAUUCCUCUAUCCUAACAUUACCUUUUAAAUCCUGCUUUUAGUACUUUUAAUUUAUGAAAUUUUAUCAGAGGCCUUUUAUGUUCUACUUUCUUAUAAAACUAUAUUGCUCUGAAAGGUAAAUGGAAACGUUUGAGUUUCAGAUUUUUGUAUCAGAUCUUGAAGUAAAUGAGGUACUUUUGAAAGACCAGUUUUAUGAUGAGAUGUUCAAGUUACCAGGCUCUGUAACCAAUGAUGUAAAAAAAUGAAGUGUUUUAGAAAAAAUUGGAUUUUGGCAGCUUGUGAAGACAGUUCAAAAAGUUCAAAUUGUUAAUGCAUUUAACAGUGUUUUUAUUGAUAUGUUUGAAUUUUUUUAAAACAUAUUUUUCACCAGUUUGUCUCCCAGUUCACGCUCAUCUUUGUUUAUUUUAGUGAAAUUCGUUACAGUUGCAUCAAUGUUGUGAAUCCAAACAUUGUUCAUUGUAGUUAUUGUGUACAUUUUGAUGUACACAUGAUCAUAUUUAAAUUUUUGUUGCAUAAAAAAAUAAAUGCUUCUUAGGUGUC